CUCGCUCGUUAUGGCUACGAAAGCCGCUCACAAGCGCCUGACCCGAGAGUAUGCCACUAUAUCCAAAUCUCCUCCGCAGUACAUCACCGCCCACCCAUCAGAGUCCAACAUCCUGGAAUGGCAUUACAUUCUGACUGGACCACCGGACACUCCAUACGAAGGUGGGCAGUACUGGGGAACAUUAGUCUUUCCGCCAGACUACCCAUUCGCUCCACCUGCUAUUCGCAUGCACACGCCUUCCGGACGCUUUAGAUGUUCAGAGAGACUCUGUCUUAGCAUAUCAGAUUUCCAUCCCAAAAGCUUCAAUCCGGCCUGGGAAGUCAGCACCAUUCUGCUAGGAGUGCUGUCUUUCAUGACGAGCGAGGAAAUGACGACUGGCUCGAUAAGCGCUUCUGCGGCGGAGAGGAAGGCGUUCGCUGCGCGGACACGGUGGUGGAAUUCUACUGGUGGUGGAAGCACGAGCCGGACGCUUGGUGGAUCAGUACCGGCGCAUCAGCGUACUGGCUUUGGAGCAAUCAAGGCAGGCGACGGCGGGAAGAGAUUCAGAGAGCAGUGGCCGGAAUUGGAUGCGGAGAAUUGGAAGUGGAUGGAGCAAGAGAAGGUUGACCCGCAGACUGGAAAGAGGGCGGAUGAGAAGCCGCCUGCAGAGACGGCGGGAGAAGGUGUACGGCAGGGGAGAAAGGGCAAGGCGGAAGCCGCGCUCGAUGCCGCGACCGCUGCUAGACGCAACCAGCAGAGUUGGCUCUCCAAGAACAAGUAUUACUUGAUUGGAGGUGCGCUCUUCAUGUAUGUGAUGGUUGCGAGAUUGCUGAAAGACCAGCGAGAACUCUAAAUGUUGCUCAUGAUACCCAUGUGUUGCAUUUCAGCGAGGCGUUUGUGGAUUUGUAGAUGUGGGUUGCAUGGCUAAACUCGGCUUUUUAUGCCGCUGGACGCGAAAUGAUCGCUACGGAAUUACAAGAACGAUGAUGUUGUCAGUCAAGAUCAGACUGUGGAGCACUACCAAACUCGCUUCCGAUUCCCUACUUUUAUCAAGGCAUGAACUUGUGGUACGUGGAGAAAUCUCCGAAGCUGACUAUGAACGCAUACUACGAAAACAUACCGUGGAAGCUGAAAUG